AUGUUCAGUAUGGUGGGUUCUACGGCUCUCUUAGCCCUGAUGGGUCUGUACUCCUUUGCCAGCGGCCAGAUAUCCGACGACUUCGAAAGCGGAUGGGAUCAAACAAAAUGGAAGACAUAUGCACCUGAUUGCAGCCAAGGCGGCAGCAUCAGCCUUGACACAUCUACGUCUCACGGCGGGAGCGCUUCCAUGAAAGUUGUCGGGGCAGGCGGAUAUUGUGGCCAUAUAUUCUUUGGAACUACCGCUAUACCCAGCGGAGACAUCUACGUCAGGGCCUGGGUCAAACCAUCUACAACUCUCACGGCAUCCCAUGUCACUUUCAUCACCAUGCCAGAUUCAGGCCUAGGAACAAAUAAGCACCUUCGAAUUGGCGGCCAGAGCCAGAUCCUCAUGUACAAUCGUGAGACUGACGAUGCCACGCUUCCUGACUUGUCGCCAAACGGCAUCGCGGCUUCGGUCGCUCUCAAAGCCGGUCAAUUUCAAUGCCUUGAGUACCAUCUAGGCAAGGACGGCACCAUCGAGACCUGGCUGGAUGGUACCUCGAUCAGUGGUCUCCAAGCUGGGCCAAAUGCUAGCAACCCAUACAGCGCUCAGUGGGGCAAUGGCAGUUACAAGCCAAGUAUAACGGGCAUCUACUUCGGCUGGGAGUCGUAUGGUGGCGACGCCAACACCUUCUGGUAUGACGAUAUCUCUAUCGGCUCAAGCCGUGUUGGUUGCGGUACUAGCCAAGUAUCAUCUACUGCUUCUCGAACAACGUUGUCUACCUCGACUACUGGCAUUACCUCCGUACCAUCCGCGACGACAACGAAAACCAGCGCCGCCCCUACAUCUACUUCUGCGGCUCAAGUCAAAUACGGACAGUGUGGCGGAACCGGUUGGACCGGACCUACCACUUGCCAGACUGGUUCAACAUGCACGUAUGUAAAUGACUGGUAUUCACAGUGCCUUUGA